GAACAGCCGCAGUAACGAGCUUCGCGCUAAUAUCGCCGGUCGACCCGUUCAAUAGUCUCUCCGGUUGCGUUUACCAAUUAACAUCGUUAUUGUUAUUGUUAUUAUUGUUUAUUUAUUUUUAAUUUUUAAAUUUUCGUUUUUAAACAAAAACAACAAAAGACGAAAAAAAUCGACAACGACGCGAGUUCGAAAACGAUGAUACUACGUUACAAACGCGUUCGAUUCGUGUCCGUGCCGCUUGUAUAGUUUCAAUCAUUGAAAAAUCGGUAGUUUUGAUAAAUAAAAACAAAAUGACGUCCAAUGCGUCAUCUUAAACUGUCCAUUAUUUUUAACUUAACAAAAUGGUGAAACGGAUCAGUAAACAUCACUACGUUGCUACACCUGGUAGCAACAAACAUUACCAUAGAUCAUCGGAGACACUACCGUACGUGCACAGAGGAUAUUCCACCGAUGGUGAAGACAGCCAAAGAACUCUAUCCGAGUACACGAUCGCCACGGACAGGCCGUCGUCCCGCGGUCACCGGACGCCACCCAGGUCAAAACGGUCCAGAAGUCUGGAGAGGCCGUCCAGCAGCUCCCGAGCCAGGUCGGCGACUAGCCACCAUGAUUCGGACGUUUACGUGACCAGCGCCGCGUACAGGCCGCCGUCCGAAAUGAGUCGAGGAUCUCAUUAUACCAGCAGGAGCAACCGGAGUAGAGGGCCGGCUCCUAGCCACUACUCAUACCGGAGCAACGGUCUCGCCCCCUCGGAAGUGUCGACGGUCAAGUCCAAAAUCACUCGCAAACCAGGAGUCACCAUUGAGACCAUGUCGGCGCCGAAUCCGUUUUGUCCGAACACUAAGGGCAUGUGCUGCCUGAUGUUACUGCUCAACCUGGGACUCAUAUUGGUCACGUUGGGCUUCGUUAUCGUUAUACAAUUUUUUGAGCCCCUGUUCGUGUGGGUAUUGGGCAUAAUAUUCCUCAUUUUCGGCUUCUUGACACUCAUGGGUAGUCUGAUCUAUUGUGUGACGGUGUGCAGAGACGCCAAGACUCCCAAGGAGGUGGCCAUGCAAAAUCAUUACUGGGCACACCAUUGGCAAAAAAGCUUCGGUGCCACACCCGAAAUACAUUACAAGACGGAGAAAUAUCCACCACAAGCUGUGCACCAUUCGGACCAUGAUGAGUACAGCGAUCGAUUUUCAAUCGGUAAACAAUCGGACAGGCACAUGCACGGACAUAGAUACUAAUCUCUUUAUUAAUCAUAAAUGUACAUACAUUUUGUAAUGUAUUUUUGUAAACUGUAAAUAUUUUUAUUCGGUUAAUUUUGAUCAACCAAUUUAACACAUUAGUAGUCAUUCUUAUCUGACACACAUGUUUUUAAUAUCAAAAUAAUGUAUUAUAUAAAAAUAGGUAUUAUCUUAAUAAUUGUUACUAAUCAUAAAAAUAAAACAGUAAUUUAUUUCAAUCAUUGAAAUAAAGAAGCCGUUUAUUACCUUGAUUUAUAUAAAACACUAUUAUUUCUGUUUACAAUAUUUGUACAAUUAAUAAUAGUUAAAAAAAUUAUUUAUUAAUGUCAUUUUUUUAUCAAACUAAACUUCAGUAAUAUUAAUAAAAAAAAUAAUAAAUAACACCAAA